AUGGAAAGGGUCAAAGGAAAAGAAAUUAAAAUUGAAAAGAUCAAGAAGACGCGCGAAGAGAAAGAAAAUGAAGAAAAAAAACCAAGACGACUCCAAGAGAAAUUUGUGGGAACCAUGCAAACACUUGAAAAAAGAUAUUUUCGACUGAAGGGAGAACCACUGCCAGAGUUGGUCAGACCAGAGUCGGUGUUGAAAAGCUCACUCAAAUACGUGUUUGACAAAUUCAAGAAGAACGAAGACUACAGUUACUUGUGCGACCAACUCAAGUCGAUUCGACAGGACAUGGUUAUCCAACAAAUCGAAGACCAAUUUUCAAUACUAGUGUAUAAGACACACGCAGUCUAUGCGAAGAAAUAUGGCGACAUUUCCGAAUUCAUUCAGUGCGUUUCAGUAUUAAACAACUUGGGCAAAAGGUCCGAAUUUGGUAUUGGCAAGACAGACAUGGUGUAUUACACCGUCUCCUUACUUCUUGCAGAAAUCGACUCGAAAAACAUCAUCCCGUCCUCAUCAAUAAUAUCCAAAUUAAGUCAAGAACUGAUUACAAAUGAAGAGGUGCAACAUGCACUCAAAAUGAAAAGCGCGUAUGUCAAUGGCGAUUUUCUUGGGUUUCUGUACCUCUCUCAAACUGUCCCAGCGAAGUAUUAUAAAGUCGUCCAACACUUUGUCGAAAAGGCUCGGCUGCAAGCAGUCAAGAUGGUUUGCUUUGCGAUGAGAAGGACUAUUACAAUGGACAAAUUGUCGGUGAUUUUGUUUUUCCAUUCGUCCAAAAAGUUUUUAUCAGUUACAACUGAAUUUGUAAUGAGUGUUGCUGCGAUAGGGGGGGUGACUUUAUAUAAGUGUGAUGUCGACUUAUUAAAUGGAAAGUGGUUCAAUGAUAAUUUAAUAUCGUUUCAAAUCGAGCACUUUAAGGAAGAGUUUUCUUCCUUACACAAUGUGUUAUUCUUAGACCCAAACGUAUUUAUUUUAUUGGCAUUUUCAGAUGACUGUCAAGUGCUUGACGACUUAGAUGCCAAGAAAUAUGAACAUUUGAUACUUCCUAUUAACGACUUGACUGAUAAUAACUCAGUGAAUAAUGGAACACACUGGUCUUUGUUGUAUGUGAAUGUAGUAAUGAAAGUCGCGUUUUACUACGACAGCGUUGCGAGUUCUUAUAAAAUCGAGCAUAGCCAGGCUUAUAGAUUGUCUCAAAAAAUAGGGAAAUACUAUGGCCAAUCAUAUCACUGUAUUCGAGCGGAAUGUCCGUACCAAAACAAUUCGAUUGAUUGUGGGCCUUCUGUGUUGUGCAACAUCCACGCCAUUGCCAAAUUGAUCCAAGAGAAUUUGAGUACAUUUGAGAAGGUGUGUCCUGAGUAUACUCCACAACAAAUGCGUGAGUUAAUACGUCGUGAGGUAAGUUCAUUCAAGCAAGAUAUUAAUUAUGUCCAAUACGUUUGUCAUCUUUUUGACUCUUUUACUCUGUUUAUCAUUAUUAUUAGCCGUAACACAUCAAUACAGACAAAGGAUUUAAUCACCAGAACCGACCCACGCUUUAAACAGAUCAACGACGACCUCAACGAAACACAGACAGUCAUGCAAAACAAUAUUAACGACAUGACGAAGAACAUUGCAACAGCCGAAGAGCUCCAAACGCAAACAGAACAAAUGAACGAGAACGCUAACCAGUUCCGUCAAAAGUCUAACCAGCUCAAAACAGAAAUGUGGUGGAAAAACGUUAAAUUGUGGAUCAUCCUCGGCGUUGUUGUCGCUAUCAUAGUCAUAGCCAUCAUUAUCGUGAUUAUUAUUCUCGCUACCACACUUAAAAAGAAGUCUUCAACCAGCAAUAAUUAA